AUGUAUGCAGGAUCCGAUCAACCUUCCGGCCACAGUGGAGACACACCCCGACUCCGGGCCGCUUGCGAGAACUGCAGACAAUCAAAGGUGAAAUGCAACCUUUCUGGAAAGAGUACCUGCAUCCGGUGUCUUCGUCACGGGCUGCCUUGUCGAUAUCGGCUCGCCAACCGGUCAGGGAAACCCAAGGGCAGUAAGAACAGGGCCACGUUGAAGAAGCUGGGACAACUGCCCGACGAGAAGCCUGUAUUACGUGCUUUGAAGGGAAAGCAUAACCCAGACACCGUCAUGGACAAUCACAGUCACACGUUCCACGAGAGCCCUAGCAGCCGGGACACCGACCUCACGGCGGACGCAUCCACAUCCGUGUUUGCAUAUUCUUCCUUUCAAGAACCGUUGCCAUCUGCAGACCCGGUUUAUAUGCAGGCGUCCAUGUCACCGACCUUUCUUCAGAAGGAGUUCAUCACCAAAGGCCUCACGAGCUGUCCUCUCGCAGUCCACAUCCCCGAUGCACCGCAACCGACGUGCGCAUGUGGAGGAACAGUGGUGUUUCAUAUGAACCAGCUAAGGGAUAUGAUGGCCAACGCCAGCCACCUGCGAGUCGAUCAGAUGCUGCAGGGGAUCAAGGUGGCUCUGACCGUCUGCCAAGGAUAUCUGCAAUGCAGAAAUUGCCCAAAAGACAGCACCAGUCUGCUGUUGCCUAUCUCUACGGUAGACUUUACACUGCAAAUAUUCGAAUACUGGAUAUCGUAUGGGCUGGCGGCGCAGCAUUCAGUGGGCGUUGACAGUGCGAGGACGAGAUAUGGAGAUUAUGAAUUGUGUUCGGAGGAAAGUUGGUGGAUCAGUCGCUUCCUGCUCCGUGCGCGACUCGUUCAGUGCAAGGAGGUGUUUGCUGUACUUCAGGAAGCGAUCGAUGUCUGCCUCGGAUCGCCAUCCGGUCAUCUCGGGCAAGGACUGUAUGAUGAGAACCGCGGAGGCAGCUGUCUCGAUCAGAUUCUUCGGGGGUACGAAGCGACUGUGGAAGCUUUUCUGCGUUGUUUAUCGGGGAAUGAUGUAUGUCCUACUUAA